AUACCUGCUUGCGGCGCUUGUACUGGCUCCUCUGAAAACCCUAGCAACGUACGUAGACGCGGACACAGAGCUCGAUCGAAGAUGGUGCAGCGUCUCACCUAUCGCAAGCGCCAUAGCUAUGCCACAAAAUCCAACCAGCAUAGGGUUGUCAAAACCCCUGGUGGGAAGCUCGUUUAUCAGAGCACUAAGAAGAGGGCUAGUGGACCCAAGUGCCCCGUUACUGGCAAGAGAAUUCAGGGGAUUCCACACUUAAGGCCUGCAGAAUAUAAGAGGUCAAGGUUACCUAGAAACCGAAGGACUGUUAACCGGGCAUAUGGUGGAGUCUUAUCUGGAGGUGCUGUUCGGGAAAGGAUUAUUCGGGCUUUCUUGGUUGAGGAGCAAAAGAUUGUGAAGAAGGUCUUGAAGAUCCAGAAGGCGAAGGAAAAGCAGGCCUUGAAGGGUUGAAUUCAGACUACAAAAUGAGACUCAUCUUUUUGGAGGACGUUUAGGUUUGAGUGGUUAUAGUA